GGAUGCCAACCGCCGUUAAACCUCAUUGACGAAGAAGAAGAAGAAGAAGCAGCAGCAGAAGAAGAAGCUAACUUCAAAACAAUACGUUGUGGAGCACACAGUCAAAAUGGUUCCAUCAAAUCUUGGGGAAGAAAUGUCUACUGAAGUAGCGUUACCACCUGAGUGGGAGGACGAUGAACGGAUGAAUUUCCUGUUCUCUGACUUUAAAGAAAACCGAGAUGUCAGCACAACAGAUUGGGACAGUAAAAUGGAUUUCUGGACAUCACUCAUUCUUAAAAUCUGCAGGAGUCGCGGAACCGUCUGUGUUAAUUUGCAGGAGCUGAACAAGAUUUUUCAGAGAAAAGGAAUUAUGCCUUUGGGUUUGGCUACUGUCAUUCAGUGCAUGGCCAGGUGUGGCAAGAUACAAAGGGAGUCAGAGUUUGCCACAAAUGUAGACUGUGGGUGGGUGUCUUGGGGUGUUGGCCUGUUGUUGGUGAAGCCUUUAAAAUGGACCUUUUCAACUCUUAUUGGUAGCAGUGGGGUUACUUUGAAGGAGUUGUUUGUUGUCAUCGAACUGGUAAAGGAGAAGGCAGCAGAAUUGCUUGGUGUCUACCGGAGUUCCCCAGUGGCCAACCACUCUCUCCUGUCCUUCCAGGAGCUCCGUACACUGUCGUCCCAUGUCUGUGUUGACGAGAGUACCUUGUGUAUGGCUCUGCUACAGCUGCAGAGGGAGAAGCAGGUGACAGUAUCACUGCAUGGAGGUGAGAAGAUUGUGAAGUUUUCUCAGCCAGGACAGAAUCAUGUGUCUCCUGUCAGUGAUGUAGACCUAGGCAUCUACCAGCUCCAGCGCAGUGAGAGACUGCUUGAAGAGAGGGUGGAGGUAUUGGGACUAGAGGCAGAGAAGUACAAAGAAGAAGCUAGGGUGUUGCUGCGGGAAGGGAAGAAAUCUCAGGCUCUAAGGUGUUUGAGAAGCCGAAAGAGAGUCGAGAAGAAAGCAGAUCACUUAUAUGCCCAGCUGGAAAAUGUGAAGGGAAUCCUAGACAAGAUAGCAAACUCACAGACUGACAAACUAGUGAUACAGGCGUAUCAGGCUGGAGUGUCAGCCCUGCGACUCUCUUUGAAGGAUGUGACAGUAGAAGGAGCUGAGAGCCUUGUGGAUCAAAUCCAAGAGUUGUGUGACACUCAGGAUGAAGUGAACCAAAUUCUGGCUGGUGGAGCACUCAACUCAACGGAUGCAGACACAGACGGGCUGGAGGAUGAGCUAAGAUUUUUAUUGGAGAACUCUAGUCUGGAUGAGCCUUCUACGCUACCUGAAGUACCGUCACACCCUCUUUCACCUGUCAGGGAAUCUGGUUCCCUUUGUGAUGAUCUGCUGAGCGCUUUGCCCUCAGUCCCUCAAAACCACUUCAAUAUAACAGGUGAUGAACUGGACAAAGCGCGUAGUUGCAUAACGCUUGCAGAUACAGGUCUUCAACAAAAAUAUCGUACCUCUCCAGUGAAGAGGGCUGAGCCUGCACAGUGACGACAGUAAUAAAAUAAGUCAACUGCAUUAACGAUCCCUGACCCUCAAAAUGUGUCUGGGCAUGGUGAUCAAAAAUAAUUGCAUGAUAUGUCUUUUGUAACAUAGGUCUGUGAUCACUUUUUUUUAAAGGGGGUAGAUCAGCUUUAAUAUUGCAACGUAAUUGUCAGCAUCCCUUCCAAUCCGCCAUAUAUUUUUUUGUGUUUUUGAAAGCAAAAAAUAAAUAACUGUCCCUAUAAAAUAACAUCAAAUUGAUCAGAAAUAUAGUGUAGACAUUGUUAAUGGUCUAAAUGACUAUUGAAGCUGGAAACGGCAGAUUUCUUCUUUUUUUAAAUGGAAUAUCUAGAGCCCAUUAUCAGCAACCAUCACUCCUGUGUUCCAAUGGCACGUUGCGUUAGCUAAUCCAAGUUUAUCAUUUUAAAAGGAUAAUUGAUCAUUAGAAAACCCUUUUGCAAUUGUUAGCACAGCUGAAAAAUCUGCUGUUUCCAGCUACAAUAGUCAUUUACAACAUUAACAAUGUCUACACUGUAUUUCUGAUCAAUUUAGUUAUUUUAAUGGACAAAGUCAUUUUCUUUCAAAAACAAGGACAUUUCUAAGUGACCCCAAACUGUGUGUGUAUAUGUAGAUAGAGAUAGAGAUAUAUAUAUAUAUAUAUCUUCUAAAAAAUAUUUUCCUUUAUUGCUUUCUAACCCUAUCACCCCUCCCCUAAAUUGAAUAAACUAGUGAACAACAACGCUUAGGCUUCUACUUCCAGCUUAUACAUUUUAUGGACACAGUCUAUUUUACAAGAGUUAUACAGUGGGGCAAAAAAGUAUUUAGUCAGCCACCAAUUGUGCAAGUUCUCCAAGUUAAAAAUAUGAGGCCUGUAAUUUACAUCAUAGGUACACUUCAACUAUGACAGACAAAAUGAGAAAAGAAAAUCCAGAAAAUCACAUUGUAGGAUUUUUAAUGAAUUUAUUUGCAAAUUAUGGUGGAAAAUAAGUAUUUGGUCAAUAACAAAAGUUUAUCUUAAUACUUUGUUAUAUACCCUUUGUUGGCAAAGACAAAGGUCAAACGUUUUCUGUAAGUCUUCACAAGGUUUUCACACACUGUUGCUGGUAUUUUGGCCCAUUCCUCCAUGCAGAUCUCCUCUAGAGCAGUGAUGUUUUGGGGCUGCUGCUGGGCAACACCGACUUUCAACUCCCUCCAAAGAUUUCCUAUGGGGUUGAGAUCUGGAGACUGGCUAGGCCACUCCAGGACCUUGAAAUGCUUCUUACGAAGCCACUCCUUCGUUGCCCGGGCGGUGUGUUUGGGAUCAUUGUCAUGCUGAAAGACCCAGCCACGUUUCAUCUUCAAUGCCAUUGCUGAUGGAAGGAGGUUUUCACUCAUCUCACGAUACAUGGCCCCAUUCAUUCUUUCCUUUACAUGGAUCAGUCAUUCUGGUCCCUUUGCAGAAAAACAGCCCCAAAGCAUGAUGUUUCCACCCCCAUGCUUUACAGUAGGUAUGGUGUUCUUUGGAUGCAACUCAGCAUUCUUUGUCCUCCAAACACAACGAGUUGAGUUUUUACCAAAGUUAUAUUUUGGUUUCAUCUGACCAUAUGACAUUCGCCCAAUCUUCUUCUGGAUCAUCCAAAUGCUUUAGCAAACUUCAGACGGGCCUGGACAUGUACUUUCUUAAGCAGGGGGACACGUCUGGCACUGCAGGAUUUGAGUCCCUGGCGGCGUAGUGUGUUACUGAUGGUAGGCUUUGUUACUUUGGUCCCAGCUCUCUGCAGGUCAUUCACUAGGUCCCCCCGUGUGGUUCUGGGAUUUUUGCUCACCGUUCUUGUGAUCAUUUUGACCCCGCGGGGUGAGAUCUUGUGUGGAGUCCCAGAUCGAGGGAGAUUAUCAGUGGUCUUGUAUGUCUUCCAUUUCCUAAUAAUUGCUCCCACAGUUGAUUUCUUCAAACCAAGCUGCUUACCUAUUGCAGAUUCAGUCUUCCCAGCCUGGUGCAGGUCUACAAUUUUGUUUCUGGUGUCCUUUGACAGCUCUUUGGUCUUGGCCAUAGUGGAGUUUGGAGUGUGACUGUUUGAGGUUGUGGACAGGUGUCUUUUAUACUGAUAACAAGUUCAAACAGGUGCCAUUAAUACAGGUAACAAGUGGAGGACAGAUGAGCCUCUUAAAGAAGAAGUUACAUGUCUGUGAGAGCCAGAAAUCUUGCUUGUUUGUAGGUGACCAAAUACAUAUUUUCCACCAUAAUUUGCAAAUAAAUUCAUUAAAAAUCCUACAAUGUGAUUUCCCUGGAUUUUCUUUUCUCAUUUUGUCUGUGUGUACCUAUGAUGAAAAUUACAGGCCUCUCUCAUCUUUUUAAGUGGGAGAACUUGCACAAUUGGUGGCUGACUAAAUACUUUUUUGCCCCACUGUAUGUAUGUGUGUGUAUAUAUAUAUAUAUAUAUAUAUAUAUUUUUUUUUACUCAUGGCUUUCCUCAACCUAACCCAUCUAUUUCUGAUGUCCAUCCGGUUUGAUUUCUACUUGCCAUGUCUUUCAAACUGUGCUCUUUCACAAAAGUUCUGAACCUAUGUACGUCUUACGGACAAAGUAUGUUUUUCAUUAGUUAUCUCCAUUCAACCCCUCCCAUCUAUCUCUUAAUUAACACCACCACAUUGGAUUUCUAUUUGCCAUGCAUUUUUCAACUGAACUGUUUCACAAAAGUUCAGAACCUUUUAAACUCAUUGUUUCUACAGAUUGAAAAUAAACAUUUUUGCUAAAAAUA